AAAUGACACUGUUAUGUUGAGUUGUUCAGUCCCCUGAAAAUCCUCUUCAAAAGGCACAACUCCUUUUUUCUCUUCUUCCAACUUUUUUACAAACCCUCCAUUAAUUCCAUUAUUUAAAUCCUCUAAUGCCUACAAUAGGGGAUGCUACAACCUUAUAGAGUGGCAAUUUAUUUGGCUACAUAGUAAUUAAUUAUUCCUAUAUUCUUUAUUUUUCUUAAUAUUAUUAUAUGAUAUGAUAUGAGAUGAUGGAAGAAGGGGGGCUAUAAAUAUGAGUGUAUGUGAAAACUUGUUGUGACUUCAACAACAGAAGCAGGAGGUUGCUGUUCAAAGCGUGUUCUUUGUGGAUUUUGGUUCUGAGUUUCUUUGAGCAACUCUCCAAUGGCUAUGUUGUUGGGAAUCAUUGGUGGGGUGGUGUUGGUGCUCUGUUUUUGCUCUGUUUUCUUGUUGAAGUGGAAUGAAGUGAGGUAUAGGAGGAAAGGAUUGCCACCAGGGACAAUGGGGUGGCCUCUUUUUGGAGAAACCACUGAGUUUCUUAAGCAAGGUCCAAACUUCAUGAAACACCAGAGAACAAGGUAUGGUAGUUUUUUCAAAUCACACAUACUUGGGUGUCCUACCAUAGUGUCAAUGGAUCCAGAGCUGAACAGAUACAUUCUGAUGAAUGAAUCAAAAGGGCUUGUUCCUGGUUACCCUCAAUCAAUGUUGGAUAUCUUAGGAAAAUGCAAUAUUGCAGCUGUUCAUGGCUCCACUCACAAGUAUAUGAGAGGUGCAUUAUUAUCCAUCAUUAGCCCUACUUUGAUCAAAGAUCAGCAUCUGCCUAAGAUUGAUGAGUUCAUGAGAUCUUUUCUUAGUCAUUGGGAUAACAGAAUCAUCAACCUUCAAGACAAAACCAAAGAGAUGGCAUUUCUCUCAUCACUUAAGCAGAUUGCUGGCAUGGAAUCUAGCUCAAUAUCUCAUCCAUUCAUGACAGAGUUCUUUAAGCUUGUUCUAGGAACACUCUCCUUGCCUAUUGAUCUUCCCGGCACAAAUUAUCGCCGCGGACUACAGGCAAGGAAGAACAUAGUUAGCAUUCUAAGUCAGUUGCUAGAUGAAAGGAGAGUCUCCCAAGAAACACACCAAGACAUGCUUGGAAGCUUGAUGAUGGGUAGAAGAGAAAACAGAUACAAAUUAACUGAUGAAGAGAUCAUUGAUCUGAUAAUCACAAUCAUGUAUUCUGGUUAUGAAACUGUUUCAACUACAUCAAUGAUGGCAGUCAAGUACCUCCAUGAUCAUCCCAAAGUUCUUGAAGAAAUGAGAAAAGAGCAUUUUGCUAUAAGAGAGAGAAAGAAGCCUGAGGAUCCAAUUGAUUGUAAUGAUCUUAAGUCAAUGAGGUUCACUCGUGCGGUUAUUUUUGAGACCUCGAGAUUAGCUACAAUAGUCAAUGGUGUUCUGAGAAAAACAACUCAUGACAUGGAACUAAAUGGGUAUUUGAUUCCUAAAGGUUGGAGAAUAUAUGUAUAUACAAGAGAGAUAAAUUAUGACCAGUUUCUGUAUCAAGAUCCACUGACAUUUAAUCCAUGGAGAUGGCUGGGAAAUAGCUUAGAGUCACAGAGCCACUUCUUGAUAUUUGGAGGAGGCACUAGGCAGUGUCCAGGGAAAGAGUUGGGAAUAGCAGAAAUUUCCACUUUCUUACAUUAUUUUGUAACUAGAUACAGGUGGGAAGAAGUAGGGGGAGAUAAACUAAUGAAAUUUCCAAGAGUUGAGGCACCAAAUGGACUUCACAUUAGGGUCUCAUCUUUUACUAACUAGGCAUUUGUGUUUUAUGUAUAGUAAUGAGAAAUAGCAUAUAAUAGGGCCUUCUUUUGUUUUUUUUGUUUUUUGUAUGAUAAUGUUCUAACAAAUUAGAGGGAAAAAUGAAUGGAAUUAAUUAAUUAG